AUGUUCCCGCCCCCAGAGUUGAAGGCCAUUGCGAGGGAGGUUGCCGACUUGUUGAGGGAGAGAGGAGAGACGCUUUCCGUUGCUGAGACGGCUGCGGGAGGUCUGACGUCGGCUGCCAUUCUGGCCACGCCGGGAGCGAGUGCAAUCUUCAAGGGCGGUCUGCAGCUCUACACCCUCGAAUCCCGCAUCGCCUACGCCGGCUGGACCGAAGAGAACCUCAAGAACUACGCCGGCCCGACGCCCGAGAUCGUCAGCGGCAUGGCCAAGCACGUGCGCGGCACCCUCGCCACCACCUGGACCGUAUGCGAGAGCGGCACCGCCGGUCCCACCGGCGGCGAGACGAAGAACAGGCAGCCUGGCUACGUCGCACUCGCCGUCAACUCGCCGGCCGGCACGGCGACCAGGGAGCUCGACACGGGGCUCGGCGGCGACAGGGAGGCCAACAUGCAGAGGUUCGCCGUCGAAGGGCUGACGCUGCUGCGGGACGCGAUCAAGGGGGACGUCAAGCUGUGA